GUCGUAUCUUUCUGUUCCCUCCAUCACUAAUAAUCUUCGAGGACGUAUGAAGAAUGUUCCGAAACCGCUAUCUAAUAAACUUGGUGUGGGGUUCCGUUAUUCUCAUUGAGUGGUCGAUGACUGGGACGCCUUACCCGAAGAACUAUUAUCAGCCCAAUCAGCGAACAUCUUCAAGAAGAAACUGGACCUUCACUGGAAAAAAAACUGUGAGAAAACAAAUCCACCAACCUGCUAUCCCUGUUAUUGAAGAGUGAAGACUUGAAACAUCUGUUUGAUAGGCGGAAAGCUUAAUGUGUCUGCUACCGAGGGUUAGUGAAGUGCAAGACGAGUUCUUCGUUGUUUGGACGUUGUUAACUAUCCAAAAGUGUUCUUUUCUGACUUUUAUUUUGUAGCAAGUUGAAUUGUCUAUUUCAGUUUUAUAUUACAAUAUUGUCUAAAUCGGAGACUUGUGUUAAUGUUGGAUUUGUCGAUUCCUUUCCUUGAUAAAGUGCAUUUUGUUGGCUUGCCGGCUUGUCGACUGACCUUUUCUUGUGUUCUUCUCUUCUCCUGUCUUCACUCACACUACUCUUCAUGCUUUUCUAGCACACAAAGCACCUUUUGGCUAGACGCAAAUCGUCACAUAUGUGGAACUAAUAUUAGUCCCACAAAGUUCCUUUUUAUUUUCUGUUUUAUAUGCUUGAACACCCAAAAUUUGUCAAAGUCAGUUUAGUGGGCAAAAAAUCCAGGCUGAAAUAGUCGCCACAAAUUAUUUGCAAGGACUCUGUUGACAUUGCGUGAUUUCGUGUGAUUUAUGUCUGCGCUUGCGAAGAAAAUCGAUUUAUACCAGUUACGUUAAUAACCUACCCUACAUUACCAUCAUUUCGAAGCUAUAUGAUAAUUCUUCACAAGCUUAUUCAAUUAAGGUUAUCACGUAAAACGGUGUAGUAUCAAUUCUUAAAGUCAUGUAAAUUAGAGUAAUCGUUGAUUUUUGAAGCAAAUAUCCACAUGGAAAUGCUUCCGAAAUUUACCUUGAAGUCUACCCCGACGUAUAGUGGUUAUAGAUGCAUUGGAAAAGAGUAUUCAUGUAUGUUGCAAGUCUGCUGCCCUACUAUGUAGCAUGUAAAGUUACUUGGUAAUGCAAGAAUGAGUAUUAAUUAUAAAACCCUGAUUUUAUUUUUAAUUUCAAUAUAUUUGUUUCAAACCAGAUGCAGAGUAGUUUAACAGGUACGAAUCUUUUUGUAGUUAUGAUUUAAUGCUUUAGAGCACUUAACUUCAAACUAAUCUCACUGCAACUGCAAUACUUUAUAGACCCAACUGUAGCUGCUACGAUUAGUUGGGCUUGCCCAUCAGGAUGAUUCGGCUGGUUUAUACUGACUGGAAUGCAUGUUACUUUAGGUCUUACCUUAUGAAGCUCUUUUGCAAUUGCGUUUGGUUUUAACUGCAUUCAUUCAUCUUGAGGUGAUUGCAAAUUACUAUCAUCUUACUAACCUUAGGCCAUACUUCCUUUUACUGAUCAUUCAAAUCUGACUAAUCUGUUAACUAAAACUCAGUUUAUAUUGUAACAAAGAAGCUGAUCGUUAUUUGCUUGUCCGCAACUCUUGGACACAUCUCAUCAUAAGUUGGUUUAACAUAGCUUCACUUUUGACACUUAUGAUAUUCACAUCCUUGUAAAUGUAAAUUUUUCCUUUUACUUUUCCGCAGGCCAAUUUUUGUUUAAUAUACUUUUGUCCUGAAGGACUCAUGAAAUCUGUUUUCACACAGCCCUCAUACUUAAUCCAUUUACAUUUAAUGUCUUAUGUAGGAUUAAAAAUAAGCAAAUGAUUGAUGCAAUCAGAAUCCUUAAGUCAGGUGACAGUGAUGACCUCCAAAACCUUUUGCAAACAUUCAAUAUACAUUCUCGUGAUGCAGACAAUAAUACGUUGCUUCACCAUGCCUGUUUAUUAGGAAAUGUUAAAGCUGUACGUCUUCUGUUAGAUAGUGGCGUUCAUGCAAAUGCCUCCAAUAUUGAUGGACAGACUCCAAUUUGCGAUGCAGCUCUAAGCGGAUCAGCUGAGAUAAUUUCUCUUUUAUUAAGAAGUAAAGUUGAUGUUAAUCCACCAUCUUAUUGGGGUUCUCCGUUAAUCUAUGCCACACAGAAUGAAUCUAUAAAUGCAAUGAAAGUUUUAAUAGAUGCUGGUGCAAGUUUAAAUUCUCCUGAACGCAAUGGCCUUUGUCCACUACAUAUAGCUAUCCAAAGGAGAUUUUAUGCUGGCGUUUACCUUCUACUUUCUAAAGGUGCAGACCCGAAUUGUGGAGUACGAUUGACAACUCCCUUGCAUAUGGCAGCGAAAUUGAAUGACGUUGACAUAACAUAUUUACUGUUAGAAUUUGGUGCAUCUCCGACUUCUCUAGAUAAAGAGAACCGUACUCCAAUUGAUUAUGUGCCAAAUACGAGUCCAGUUUAUCAGUUAUUGAAAUCUGUACAAAGUCGAGAUUUUUGUACCGAGAAGGAAAGCUAAACGUUUUUAAAUAAUCAUAUUUAAUCUUCACGACCUGUUGCAUGGCGAACGAUUUUUCGACCCACAGUAUUCGGAUGACAUUAUCUUACUGUGCAAUGAUACCAUAGCAAUGCAAUUCGCACUUAAUCAGCUGGCAGUCAGUGUCCGUAGGUAUGGCAUGUGCUUUGCACUUUCUAAGUGCGAAGUACUUUUACAAAUCUGGCAGGACUUUGGACCUUCACUCACUCGUGGUAGUAAGCAGAUAUAAGUGAUCGGGAAGUUCGUGUAUCUGGGUAGCUGUGUAAGUGUUGGUGGUGGCGUGAGCAAUGUGAUCGAUUCACGUAUAGUGAAAGCCAGAGCGGCUUAUACGAAUGUGGACCACCUUUGGCGGUGGGUCUACAACGCGUCGGUGAGAGCAGUUUUUCCCUAUGCUUAUAAAAUCUGGCUUUUCCGAGUUGAGGAUUUUAAGCGACUCUCUGUUUAGUCAUCAUUGUCUGCAAUGGAUUGCUGGCAUUUAGUGGUAAUACCGUAUUAGAAAUGCACAGUUUCGGCAUCGUGUGUUCUGUCACAGCGAUGAUAAUUCAACUAGUAUUGCAAUCUUGAAGCAGCAACUUCGCUAGCUUGGACAUGUGCUACGAAUAUCGUUUCAGCGACUUCCAUAUCGUACAUUAUUUACCGAUGCUGCGACUGCUUGGGAAAAGCGGAGAGGUGGCCAGUACAUGACAUAGUGUCGUAGUACGUAAGCAACUUGACAGGACUGGGUUGCGUUGGGCCUUCACAACUCUCUGGUUGUGGUCUUAGUUAGAGAUGAUGCAACACAUUGACCAGUGGCAAUCCUGCUGUAAUUUUUCUUUACGUUCUUCAUAACAGUGAGAUCGGAUUAUAUUUUUCUUAAAUGAAUUGCUUUCCCCAUUAUGACUACUAUUAUUUUACUCUUAUAAAUGAAUUCCUAUUCAUUGUUUUUUUACUGUACUUACUUUCCUUUCUCUAUCUCUUCAGUCUCACUUUUAUUGUGUGGCACAUACGUGUUUUGACUCCCCCUUGUAUCAAUGUUUAUUUGUUCAAAUAAAUAAGUAUUGAUCGGCAUUUACAACAGUGCUUGGGUUACAGAUUCGGAUGUUUCCCAUGGGUUUUGAUUUCAGGAAAUGGGGAGUAUCACCAAACCUCCUCACACAUUAAAAAUGUGAUUCAAGGUCGACUAAAUGAGUCUGUACUUUGUUACUAAGUUACAUUAAUCUUUAUCAAUUCAGUCAGCUAUAUGCAACCUGUCAUAUGUGCACCAGUUCAAUUUGUCACUUCAAAUUAGCACAGUAAGAUUGAUGAAGCAUCAGCAAGUUUCGUUUCUAAUUUCAUAAGUACCCAUACUUUCUCCAAAACUUAAAUUAUUUCUUAAUGUCGUGUUCCAAGGUAUUGUUUGCUAAUGAUUGCUAAAGCUGUACUUGUACUUCAGUCUAACGUGAUCCAAUUUCACUACAGUGGUGUUCCAAAAUUUACACUUAUGGCUAAUCACUAAGUCGAAUGAGUUGACAUAUCAAAAGGAGAUUUCUUGAAAUAGAGGAGGGUUAACAGUGCUGACCAACAAGCAAUAACUUUUGAAGCAUUAUAUUAGGUUGCUUAGUAACUUUAUAGAAAAGUGGUGUUCUCCGUAAAACACAAUCUUAAUUCACAGAAUUAUCGAUUGUUUCUUAGCUGUAUUAAAAUGUGAAGACUUCUUACUUGUGACUUCCCCAAAAGAAUUACAGUGUAUAGUUUGAGACCUUGCUUGACAUAUCUCAAGAUCGGCUGUUUUGGCACAAAUACAUUUCGAUUCUUUAUUUGGCCUCUAAAUUUAUGCUAAUGUACAUUCCUGUCAGAUAUUAAUAUAUAUAUGUUUAUGUUUGUCUAACUAACAACAUAAGUUUGAUGGAUUUACUGUGUAAAAUCUGUUCCAAGACAUUCUGUACUUAAUUUUCCCAACUUCUUGUUGUGAUCAAUUCAUAUGGUUAUUCACGUAUCAUUUUUUUUUUCUACUAAAUCUUAAUAUAAACUGUUGUUUAUAUUUCUCUAUUCUCUCUAUAGAUCAAGUUCCAUCAUUACAAUCUAUUUCAAGACUGACUAUUUUUUCUUUAUUACGCUCUGCUAAAUUGUCACCAGUUAAAGAACUUUAUUUACCAAAUAUUUUAAAAGAUUAUCUUUCAUUUCGUCAUUUUCAUUUUGUAACUGAGUAAAUAAUACCGAACAAAUCGAUCCGACCUACCCCAUCUAUCUAUCUAUCUAUCCCUGUGACAAUGACAAUCAUACUGUUAACAUCGUUUGUGUUGAUGUCAUGUUUUACUUUGUUUGUUUUUUUGUUGUUGCUUCAUUUUAUAACUUGUUAAUUUGUUAUAUUUUGACUGAAUUGUGAGGUGUUUUAUAAUGAGUCUUUCAUGUUAUCUCUUCCUAAGCAAUAAUAUUUCCAGUAGUAGUUUCAGUUAUUAUCAUCACUAUUAUUAUUUUCGUUUUAUAUGUGAUUCAUUUGAUUAAUUUUGUUUCAUUCUUCCAUUGUAUUUGGCUAAGAGACAAAAAACCAUUUGGUUUUAUACUCUACAUAGUGUAAAUGUUACUUACGGUUCUAGUUGUACAUGUGUGUGUGUGUGUGUUUGUAUGUGAUAGUAGUAAGUAUUUAUGUUGCUCAUUUCUCUUUUCAUCAUUCAUGACAAUUUUGUUUUCUCUAAAUGACUAUUUUGAUUUAUUCGAAGUGAUUUCUUUCUGUUUUAUUGUUGUUGUUGUUGCUUUUUCUAUUGUGUGUGUGUGUGUAUGUGUUGGGUCCAAAGAAGAGUUGAUUAUUUUCAUACUUCAUUAUAUUGAUUUAAUUUAAUUUGUUAGUUUGUGCUUAUGUAUGAGUUGAUCCGACUUUUGAUAUCCAUAUUAAAGUUGUUGUCAUUAACUUUUGAAGUAAUAAAAAAGUUGGUGGUAAGAUUCUUAUUUAUUUAUAUUUAUUUUAACACAUAGAUAUUGGUACAAAGAGGCACCAAAUACAUAUGCGCCACACAAAUCUCAUUCGAUAUGUGUGAGGGCUGUGAUACUGCUUGGGUGCCCAAACCGAAGCAGGUGGUGUUUUUAGGGGGUCACACCCCGAGCCUUCGACCUGAAGGUCUGAUCCACAAGGCAGUGGAGCAUCGUAAGGAGAUGAAGUCCCAUGGAAGCCGGUGACCAACAAUUACUUCAUACGCCAUUUGUUUCUUUAGGAUACUGGAGCCCAUGUGCACCAUUGAUUUGAAAUCCGGUUAAAGCGCCGGACAUUCUUCUCAUUUUCGUAAACAACACUUCCGCCACGAGAAGGCAAUGAGUAGUACUUCCCUGGCAGAGGCUAUAUACACGUGGCCAUGUGAGAGCAUUUGGAGAGGGAGAGUGGACUCUCCGCACUCUCGGCCGUACCUGGGCAUUUGGGGGCGAUGGUAAGAUUCACUUGAAUAUAUCAAAUAAUGUUCUUUAUUUACUACAUAUGAAUUUUGGGCACCACAAAGAUAUAUAUAUCAUACAAAUAGAGAGAUGAUAUUGUGAAGAACUAAGAGAUGGAUGUAUAAGAGUACAGUCAAAGAAGUAAGUAAACAAAAAUGGUGUAUGAUAUAAGAUACAGUUCAUUUAGAUGAGCGUCUUUCACUUAAGGGAGUUCUCAUUUAUAAUGAAAAUGUAAAAUAUAACCACAUUAAGAUUAAUACUGAGUCUUUUUUAGCCUAUUUCAUUUAACAUCUGCACCAAUUAACCGAUUUAUUUACACUGACCUUAAGCAGACAGUCUUCAUUUACUAACAUGGCUCAAACCAACAGUCAGUUACCAAAUGGACUCGUACAGUGUUUUGCUUACGCCACACUUGAAGCUUUUUAUUUCAACAUAAAUUUUGUGGCGUUGUACGAUUUUCAUUCAAUGACGGUGAAAUUGUUUUCUGGUUAGACGGUUCAUUCAUGAAGACUUCAUUGUCUUUCUAGUCAUCAAAAAAAUCUUCAUGUAGAAGUGAGAGUUAUCAUAAUUCCUCCACAACUGACUAACAGUUUAUUUUAUCAACAUUGAAUUCGAUUAACUGCUGUCGAACUUGAUUAUCUCCUACCUUGACUUGGUUCAUGGCGUUUUAAUCGUUUAUGGUUUUUCUAAUUGGUUGAUAAUCUAAGUGUGACUCGGAUGUCUAUCAAAUGUUGAUUGACUUGAAUGAUAAGCCUUUCAAAAAUCUCUGGUCAAUUUUGUCACUCUUCAAAUGUCCAUUGUUUUCUAGCUCAAUACAAUCUCAAGCUUUUCGUGAUGUUAACGUCUACAAAAGGCUAUGAAAGCUUUACGAUUAAAUCAUCCAGCUCAAAGCAUGGAACUCCACCAAAAUUAUUCACCUAAACUACACCAUCUUACUAAACAUUAUCCCAUAUGAGUUGGUCGGAUUAUUUUUAUAGACACCAUUUGCUUAAUGCGACCUACAUGAAAGAAAUCCAUACCUGAAUUUUGACCAGAAAAAAAUCGAUUCGGACUUCUACUUUAUGACUUGUUUUACUACUCAACUUAACAUCUCACCCGCAGCAGUAAAUUCCAAACCACAAUUUAUAUUACUAGUAAGUAGCUCAAAUAUUCCUAAACAAUUUAUCCGGAAUUCAUCUGGAAUGAUCACUUCUCGUAGUAAACCGUUAAGUCAAUCAGUCGUAAAUAGUAAGUGUUAAUUUGGUGUGUUGGUCAAACGUUUUGCUUGAAAUUUAAAAAUAUUCGAACUUCAGAAUUUUACAGCCUAGAUACUACAAAGUAUAUGACUUCAUUUGGAUAGAUGAUGUAUUAGCGUUUGAAGCAAUAGGUUUCUAGGUUCGAGUCUCAAAUAUAAACAUCAACAUUAGGAUACAGGUACCAUCCAGCUAAGGAGUUCAGAAUAGAAUGUAACACACUAUGGAUUUGAAUAUUAACUGCUACUGCUAUUAACUGCCAUUCAUGAACUAGUUAUGAACUUUUCAAAAAAACAAUCGUUCGCUCUUAUAUUCUUUGUCCUUAAAUAGUUUGACUGAAAUACUGAUAGUGUUAAUUGAUGAUGAUUAUUUUCGAGAACUAUAAACUGUAGUUAUGUAAGUAUUGAAAUUUCUAAAAAUUCCAUCUUUAAAUAAACCUAUGGUAUCAGAUGAAGUGAUUACUGCUACCAUCCUUAUCGUUAUUAUUUGUAUCUUGAACGAUCUGUUCAAAUUACAUUAAUCAGGUUAAUUAUGUUUUUUUUCCUUAAAAAAACAAUGGUAGUUUUACUUAUAUAUUGGAUGAGAUGACUUCUGAUUUUACAAAUACUUAAUAGAUUUUUGAUUGUUUAAUAAAUGUAACAUACAGUGUGGGAACUUUUUGGGUGAUAAUUGUAACCAGUUGAGCUAAUCAGUGUCGGGUAGAAACAGGCGUCUACCUCAGUAAAAUGGAAGAUGGUCGCGCGACUUCGUGAAUUAGUUGAUGUUAGAUAUUAACACCAUUGGAUGCCGGCUCAGUGGUCGAGUAGGUUAAACGUUCGCGCGCGAGACUGAAGGCCCUGCGUUCGAAUUCCGCAAGCGGGAUCGUAGGUGCGCACUGUCGUAAAGUCCCACAAUAGGACGAAACGGCCGUCCAGUGCUUCCAGGUUUUCAGUGGUGUUCUAACAUCAGUCGGUUCAUGAUCUUAAUCAAGAAGAUAAUUAUUUUGUUUGUCAUGUAAUAUAAAUCCUAUAGAUUUUUUUGAGUCUUAAUGCAUUACCGACUUGAUAUUAGGUAGUUGGAGUCAAUCGAUUAGAAGCUCCAUACUAAACCUUACUUUUAUUUAGCACAUAGUCUUACAGAUCAUUCGCGGCUAGAAUAGCUCUGUUGUAAUAUCUUUAACUGUGAAAUCAGAUGGUGUAGAUUAAACUUUUACAGAGAUUAUCUUUUAGCUCAAUGUUUUAAGUACAUCUUAUAUUGAUUAAAAAUCAAUAUAAUUAGUUCUGUAUAUUGUAAUCCAUUCUAGAUAGGCUUUGAAGUACUUGACUCGUAUUGAUUCUAUAUUUAGUCAUAUUGGUAAUACUUACUUAUUGAUUAGAUUUAUAACAGUAAAAAUAACACAAAUAACUAGAUCAUCCAUUUUAUAUCCUUUACUACUUGCUUUGUAGUAUAAUUAAACAGCUCUUUUCUAUGUUAAGUAAGCGCUAAUGACUAAAAAAU